AAGUCCACUUCCGGUGCUGAGUGGGCCGUUUAGGAGCUUUACGGUAGCCGGGAGUCCUCUUUAAAUCGUGGACGUUUAGUUCUGCCUGUGUGUUGUGUGCGGUGUCGGGUCGGUACCGCGGGUUCCGGACCACAGGGACUCGGUCUAUCAGGUUGAUCUGUGUGAUUCAGCGCGGUGUGCUAGCAGGAGGAGGAGGAGGAGGAUGAUGCUAGCUGGCUAGUUAGUCUAACGCCUACAGUUAACUCGCGUGUGUUGAUCAAUGAUGUAGUGUCACGUGAUGACAAACAGGAUCGGAGCUGUGGUGUGAAGGCGGUUAGAGAAUGAAUAUAUAUAAAUACACUCCGAUUAUAAACUCUGUAACUGGUGUAACAGUGCUGGAAUAGACCGGUGAGAAAGUGUGACGUCAGGUAAACAAGUCACGUGUUUAUUCCACCAACUGACACCCUGAGACAGACAGGUGUUCGUGUGGCUCCAACAGAUCUCACAAUGUCCAGUUCAGAGGCACACAGGCGUUUAGAUUAGAAUUCGACUGGAGACACUAAUCCUAGAUAACUAAGACACUUGUCUCACACACACACACACACACACAGCCAUGUCCUCCAGCACCGGAGAUCUCUCAGGGAACAAAAACAAGAAGAAGAAGCAUGUGCGCUUUGCCAAAAUGCAUGAAGAGGAAGAGGAUGAUAAUCCAGAGCAGGAGGAAGAGGAGGAAGAGGAAGACACGCUGUUUGACAAGAGGAAGGAUGUCAAGGCCGGCCUGAAAAGUGCCCUAAAGCGGGGUAAAAGACUGGUGCACUCGGCCACAGGGGAGAAGGUAGAGAUCAAAGGUGACGGGGGAGCGUGCGGCCGCUGGAUGAUCACCCUCACCCUCUGUGCUUCGUUUCUGGGCCUGGGAAUGUGUAUCUCUGUGCUGGGCCCAACGCUGGAAGAUUUGGCCACCAAUGUGAAUAAGAACAUCAGUAAUAUCUCGUACAUCUUUGCCGGCCGUGCCACUGGUUACAUUGCAGGCUCACUGCUGGGAGGACUUCUGUUUGACCUCCUCAACUCUCACCUGUUGCUGGGCUUUGCCAUGUUGAUGACCUCAUUUGGAAUGUUCGCUACUCCUUUUUGUAAGAAAGCACUCAUUUUAGCCGCUCUGGUCUCCAGCGUGGGCAUGUCGAUGGGGAUCCUGGACACAGGUGGGAACGUGUUACUUCUGAACACAUGGGGUGAUCGGGCCGGUCCGCACAUGCAGGCUCUGCACUUCUCCUUCGCCCUCGGAGCCUUCAUGUCCCCCAUCAUUGCCAAGCUCCUGUUUGGACACGAGUCCAGCGUCUCCAAUCGGAGUGCUUCACAACCCAGACCAUCUAACUUCUCUCUAGCGCAUCUGCCCUUCUUCCACGGCAAAAGCGUGCCUCUGACGUCCAUGUGGGCUUACGUAGUCAUCGGUGCCUUCAUCCUCUUUGUUUCACUCCUCUUCUUCAUCCUGUACUCGCGGACCUCCGCCUCGUCGAACAAGGCAUUGUCUGGCGCGGGUAAACCUCCGUUCUUCGCCAAGCAUCACACUGCACUCGUCUCGCUCCUGUCGCUCUUCUUCUUUUUCUACGUGGGCGCCGAGGUGGCAUAUGGCUCGUUCAUUUUCACCUACGCUAAAGAUUACAUGAGGAUGGAGGAGACGCAGGCUGCAGAGCUCAACUCGCUCUUCUGGGGCUCCUUUGCCGCCUGCAGAGGGGCGGCCAUCUUUUUCGCGGCCUGUGUCUACCCGGGCAUGCUGAUUCUCUUUUGCCUUUUGGGCUCUGUUGCUGCAUCGCUGUGUUUGGUGCUGUUUAACCGACACCACGUGAUGCUGUGGGUUUGCACGUCGGUUUACGGCGCCUCCAUGGCUGCCACGUUUCCCAGCGGGAUCUCUUGGUUGGAGCAGUACACCACGGUGAGCGGUAAAUCCGCGGCGGCGUUCGUCGUCGGCGCGGCGCUCGGAGAAAUGGUGCUUCCUGCGUCGCUGGGCUUCCUGUUGGGUCGCUUCCCACAUCAGCCCCUGCUCAUGUACCUGGGCCUCUGCACGUCCGUCAUCACCUCCUUCCUCUUUCCUGUAAUGUAUAAACUCGCCUCGUCCACAGGGGGCACGGCGGCCCGCAAACAGCGGAUCAGAGAGCGCGGGGACGCCGAUGAUGGAGAGGAUCGCCAGGCACUGCUUGAUUCCGUCGCCGACGACGGGGAAGACGAGCCGGGGCCAGAAGACAACGAGUCGGAAAUUGACCAGUGGAACGAUGCAGACUUCGAAGUGAUUGAGAUGGAUGACGCCAGUCUGAGUAACUCACCCAGUAAAACCGGCUCAUCACCGCCCGAUAUAUCGCUUAGCGGUCAGUUGGUUCCAUCUGUUCCCUUGUCAUCGGUUACCGCAAGUCCUGUAGCAGCUACUAUAAGCUCCGUCUCAAACCUAAGCGAUUCACCAAGACGCAAAGCCCUCCUCCUCGAUCGAGAGAAGAACGACUGAAAUGUGACAAUCAGCAUUUAGACUGUUUAUAAAAAGAAUCAAACAAAAUUGGGAGACUUUUGCCACCUGCUGGCAGCAUUGAGAAUUGCGCUAGAGAUUUGUAUCUGUCUUUGAUACUGUAUAUGUUUUUAUCGAGCACAACACUUGUGUCCACAGUCCCUUGUGGCACUGUACUGGUACUACAGCUACAUUUUAAUCCUGGGAAACUUGCAGUUUUCUGAAUCAAAGCAGGAAAAAUAAAAAAAAUUAUUAAAAAAAGAAAGAAAAAAAUAACAUUUUUACACCCGGUGGGGUCUUGAUCAUCCUCAUAGACAGACAUGGUCUGUUGCGUUAUAUAAUAACCAAGUCUCUAAUUAUACAGCAACGCUGUGUAUUUUCUCCAUUACUGUAUACGUUCUGAAUGUCCUGCAGUUUAUUACAGCGUUAAUGUACACGUGACUCCAAAUCGUCACGUGUAUUCAGGAUGAGCGUUAACAUGAGCACUUGGACAGCAGCGCCCCCUAGUGACUGCUGUUUUCUAUGUUGUCUGUGUGCGUGCAGCUUCUGUUCAUUAAAUCAACUUUUCAUUAUUUAAAAAAUUAUGCUAUGAUAUUAUUUGCUGUAAAAGCA